UAAACAACUCAUGACUUCAUUUAAUAAUAAAACCUUAUAUUAUACUCAUAUAUAUUUUUAUGUGUCAAUUCAUAGUUGUGUGUGUAUAUAUAUAUACACAUGACAUGAGAAAGGCACAUUUGUGCUAUUUCCGAACUCUUUUUUACCUACCCUUGCCUGGCCUUCUCCUCCACUGAAGAGUUCACUUCCCUCUAGCUAAGCUAAUCGUGUUUCAAAGAUGGCCAGGAUUGCCUUUGGUCGCUUUGAUGAUUCUUUUAGUUUAGGCUCUUUUAAAGCCUAUCUUGCUGAAUUUAUCUCAACCUUGCUUUUUGUUUUUGCUGGUGUUGGUUCAGCUAUUGCUUACAAUAAAUUGACAAACAAUGCAGCUCUUGAUCCCGCUGGUCUAGUAGCCAUUGCUAUUUGCCAUGGAUUUGCUCUCUUUGUUGCAGUUUCCGUUGGAGCCAACAUCUCCGGUGGCCAUGUUAACCCUGCUGUUACCUUUGGCUUGGCUCUUGGUGGACAAAUCACCAUUCUCACUGGCAUCUUCUACUGGAUUGCCCAGCUUCUUGGCUCCAUUGUUGCCUGCUUCCUUCUCAAAGUUGUCACUGGAGACUUGCCUAUCCCCACCCACAGCGUUGCCGCCGGAGUUGGAGCCAUCGAAGGAGUGGUUAUGGAGAUUGUAAUCACAUUUGCUUUGGUGUACACAGUGUAUGCUACUGCAGCUGACCCCAAGAAAGGAUCCUUAGGCAUCAUUGCUCCCAUUGCCAUUGGUUUCAUCGUUGGUGCCAAUAUCCUGGCUGCAGGCCCAUUCUCCGGUGGAUCCAUGAACCCAGCCCGGUCUUUUGGGCCUGCGGUCGCUAGCGGUGACUUUCAUGACAAUUGGAUCUACUGGGUUGGCCCCCUUAUUGGAGGAGGGCUAGCUGGUCUCGUCUAUGGAAACUUGUAUAUCCCUAGUGAUCAUGCACCCUUGUCCAAUGAGUUCUAAGCUUGUGCUUCAAAUCCAUUUGCCUCUGUAAUAAAAGAAAAAGGAGAUUAUUCCCUUC